CCUACACGCAGAAGGAGAACGUCCGCGGCACAGCAAAGCCAACACAGUCUUGUCCACAGUGUGUGAAAGAGAGGGAGAGAGAGAGGUGGGGGGAAACAGCUGCAAGCGGAUACUCAACAUCAACAAGCUGUAUGAGGCAUCUGUGAGGAAGGAGAAGGCAUUUGACGAGAGAAGGGGUUCCUGGCGGGUUUCCCUCUUUUUGUGAUUUCAAGAACAGAGGCGUGGAGCUCAGAAGAAUAUCCUACAAGUGGUGAAGCGAUGGUUUAGCGGGGCAAUUUGAUAGGUUCUCUGUGUUUUUUCUACAGCACACUCGCCCGACGACACUGUUAAUUCCGAGCAGCAAUCCCCCAAACAUCUGUGGUCGCUCUCUUGAGGGAGAUGGCUGUUUUCCGGCUGUCGCUGCUGCUGCAAGUUGGAUUUGUGAUUGGAUCAAACCAUAAAUACGCGGAAUGGUCAGGGCACGGGGAGGAUAACGGGGCACGGGAGGCGAUUCACGGCGCUCAGACGCACCGCUGGCAGCUGGCGCAUCUCCGUGCGCCUCAUCACGCUGCCGGGGAGACGGCGGAGCUGCCGCAGAAGACAGACGAGCUUCUACCCAGGGUCGUCACGGCUUUUUUACACACCGGGGACUCGACCACCUUAAAGCAUGCCAACUGCUCGCGAAAGUACGAGCUCACCUCUCUGCGGGGAAGGUCACACGCUACCCCGCAUUACUCCAUGAGCAGCGUGCUGGAUACGGUGCUGCACGCCACAAACUUCCUCAACAUGAUCCUGCAAGCCAACAGGUCCAGGGAGCACAACCUCCGGCGUGACAUUGAGUGGUACCACGCGUUAGUCAGGAGUAUACUGGAGGGAGACGCCAAGAUUCACCGGGCGGUUGUUACUUUUAGCGGGGAUUCAUCCUUCCCGGGGCCCUCGGUGCUUCUUCAAGCCACCAGGGCCGGCGGUGAAAUAGUACUCCAAGACCUCUCCAGCAUGGCCCACCGACAUCUGCACAACCGCACGGCAGAGACAGAGUGGUACCACGAAAUAAAAGACAGGAAGAACCCAAAUUUCCAUAAAAGAGCGCUGAGCCAAGAUUUCAGAUCGGUGGACAAUUCAGUGAAAAGAGGAGAGAGUUUUAUUCCGGACAAGACGCACGUCAGAUGGUCUGCGCCCUACUUGGAGUGCGAGAAUGGGAAUUUUGUUCCCCGUUGGCUUUUGACCUUAUCUGCUGCCUUCUAUGGCCUGAAAUCCAACCUGGCUCCUGAAUUCAGGGGAGUGGUUCGAGUGGACAUUAAUCUACAGGAUGUUGAUAUCGACCAGUGCUCCACUGAUGGCUGGUUUGCUGGAACCCAUCGAUGCAACCUGACCACUAUGGAGUGUUUGCCGAUCCGUGGUCACGGAUUUGUCUUGGACAAGUACAAGUGCCACUGCAGGAAAGGUUUCUAUCAUCCCAACAGAGUAGCUGUCAAUGGUUUUACAAGAAUGGGGAGGAAGGGAAAACCUGCAGAUAGCAGUCCCAACACAGAGGAGGGAUCUUCCAGUGACUGCCUGCCUUGCCAGCAGGGUUGUGCCUACUGUAAAGAUGACACCCCCUGUGUGGUACAAGAGGAUGGCGCUCUUCGCAUGGCUGUGGUCUCUUUCCAGUGCCUCUGCAUGCUGAUCGUCUUCAUUAGCAUGGUCCUUAUAUACCACUUUCGUAGGAAUAAGAGUAUCAGAGCAUCAGGUCUUGUCCUGCUGGAGGCCAUCCUGUGCGGGGCUCUGCUUCUCUACUUUCCAGUUGGGAUUCUCUACUUCCAGCCCAGUGUUUUCCGUUGCAUCCUUCUGCGUUGGGUUCGACUGCUGGGUUUCGCUACCGUCUACGGGAUGCUGACUCUUAAGUUGUACAGGGUGCUGAAGGUGUUCCUGUCCCGUACAGCCCAGAGGAUCCCCUAUAUGACCAGCUGGCGAGUGCUACGUCUGCUGGGCAUCAUUCUGCUCAUCGUCUGCUGGUUCCUGGUGGCUUGGACAUCUGCUGUCUGUCAGAACCCGGACAGGAAGUUGGCUCUCAUCGAGGUGGGCUACACGCCCAAUGGGCUGCAGUUCAGCAUGUGCCUCCUGGAUCGCUGGGACUAUAUGAUGGCUGUUGCCGAGUUCCUCUUCCUGCUGUGGGCGGUCUAUCUGUGUUACGCCGUGAGGACUGUGCCGUCGGCCUUCCACGAGCCUCGCUACAUGGCCAUCGCUGUUCACAAUGAGCUUGUGCUGUCAGCUAUAUUCUACAUCAUCAGGUUCACUCUCGCUCCUGAGCUGCAUCCAGACUGGAUGCUGCUCCUGUUCUUCACCCACACUCACCUAACUGUCACUGUCACCCUGGGUCUUCUACUCAUUCCUAAGUUCCUGUUUGCUGGCACCCACAUGAGAGACGAUAUCGCGUCUGAGGCCUAUGAGGACGAGUUGGACAUGGGUCGCUCUGGAUCGUACCUCAACAGCAGCAUAACGUCAGCAUGGAGCGAGCACAGCCUGGACCCUGAGGACAUCAGGGAAGAGCUGAAGAAACUGUACUCCCAGUUGGAGAUUUACAAAAGGAAGAAGAUGCUAGCAAACAACCCUCAUCUCCAGAAAAAGCGAAGCUCUAAGAAAGGGCUAGGUCGCUCGCUGAUGAGGCGCAUCACAGAGAUUCCCGAGUCCGUGCAUCGCCAGUGCAGCCGUGAAGAGAAGGAAGCGGGAGAGCAUGGCAGCAAUCGUAACAGCAUCUCCAUGCUGAAGAAAACCCCCUUGGAUACGACUCACCCAGCAAAACCAGCGAAGGAAGAGACACUGAAGAACAAGGUGUUCUCCCUGAAGAAGUCACACAGUAGCUAUGAUCACGUCCGGGACCAGAAUGAGGACUCCAGCAGCACUGUAAAUGAUAAGAUUGAUGAGAACACAGCUGAAGGGUCCCUCCUGGAUACACUUAUGGGCAAGAAGCUGGUCAAGAAGACAUCCAGUGAGAACAUAAACGCCCCCAGUGAAUCUACAGAAUCAGUUCCCUUGGUAUGCAAGUCAGCAAGCGCCCAUAAUCUCUCUGCAGACAAGAAACCAAUUCAUCCUAGAGCCUCCAUGCUGCAGAAGUCCCUCAGUGUCAUUGCUAGUGCCAAAGAGAAGACUUUGGGCUUGACUGGAAAGACCCAGGGUACAGAGGAAAGCAAUAAGAAGAGUCAGCCAAAGAGCAAAGACACAAAGGCAAAUGUAGAGCCAGAAAAUGAAUGCCAACCCAAGAUGAUUAUCAGCCAGUCAGUCGAGUACAAACAAAGCACCACAAAAGGCAUAAUCAUGAAACAGCCAGUUAGUGGCAGCCAACCGACAAUCUGCUCCGAACCCAUUAAGGGAAAAGACCUCUAUGAUCUCUCAGAAGUAUGCCCCUGGGAGGUGGAAGAUCUCCCAACUCCAUCUGAAAAUAAGGUUCAAAAGCAUGUAUCUAUUGCACCAAAGGAAACCACAACUGUUCAUGGAGGUAGCACGAAAGGAGCCAAGUCUCAGAAGCAGAAAGGUUCUGAUCAUUCUCCAUCCAGUGGCAGGCACCCAAAGGAGAUUCAGAGGUCAUCGGCUAUUCGAGCAGAGGUGUGCCCAUGGGAAGACAGAGGUGAGAGUCAAGCCAGUCAAGCGGAACCAUCGAAGCAAUCGAUGUCUCAGUCUAAAGCCCAGCAGCCUCCCUCUUCAGUUGAAAGCUCCAGAACACAUCGGGCAGAUGUUUGUCCCUGGGACUUCGAAGAGCUGAAAAAACCAACAGAGUCAGCUCACUCACCAGACGUGACAAAGCAGAAAAAGGGAACCUCUCCAAUGGAUGUGAGAGAUCCACCUAAAGGAUCACUCCAGCCACUAAUAUCAAAAGUCAACGUCUGUCCACGGGAAUUCGACAACAGUGCAGCUGCUCCAAAUUCAGAGAGGAUACCCAGCCCCUCACAAGCACCCAAAACCAAGGAGUCCCCUUCUAAAAAGAAAGGGCCCCCUUUCACAAGAACAGUUGACCAAGAAAAAUCAAAAGACACUGAUGAUGAGAAAAGCAGAACAAAGGUGAAGGACAAGAGUAAAUCUUCAGAGAAACAUGUCGGCCAGCAAAAAAUGGCCGAGGUCUGCCCGUGGGAUGUAGAGAGUCACCAGGAAAUGCUGCUGGUAGAAAAAAGGAAAAGCGCUAAUGUUGGAGCAGCCAAAGAAAAGCAGGCGGAAGUCUGUCCGUGGGAUUUUGAGGAAAAAACGGAUACAGACAAAAGUUCUUCUGCAGUGAAACAGAGCAAACCAACUCCUAAAGGGGGGCCUGUAGGUGCUGCUAAAAAGGCAGAUGUUUGUCCCUGGGACUUUGAGGAUAGUACGUCGAGCAAGAAAGCAUGA